UUCUCCCACUGGCGUUUGCCCGCUCCACACGAAAACUGUCAUGGCUUCGUGUUUCGUCCUCGUUCUGUCAGUAGCGGAGAAUGUCUUUACCAGGACCGACCACAGCACGUAACCAAUCUGAGCUUGACAGUCGAGCCGCCAGUGGUAUUACAGUAAAAAGAAUGUAUGACGGUUAGCCUCUGAAUUCUCGGAUUUAUGUUUGCGUAGUAGCCCGUUUCGCGUUUUUAACACGAUUGUCGUCAGGCUCGUCGAGCUUAGUAGUUCAGAUACAACGAUUCGCUAUGGCCGACAAGCGGAAGAAGAAGUGUGCACUACCCACCGUCCCUCAUUUCGUCAUUGUCCUCCUCGCUAUUAGUACACUAGAAUAUCCACCCUUCGCCAGCGCGUUCAACCGUGACACUUACUUCCAACAUUCGCGCCAAGGCUGGGCCUCUGACAGCAUCGGGAAGCUCGCGACUAAUAGAGAUAGCAUCUCCGCGACACCUCAUAGCAGCGAGGGCUUGACGUCGACUACCCGUAGCCAUGGCGUGAGGCACGAUCUGCUCGAGCGACCAGCGACGCUUGCUGUGUCAGGAGCGCCGCCUCGACGAACGCCGGUUACGCUCGACCCAUCGCAGCUGACCGCCCUGUUGGCUCUGAAUGCCGCGUGGCGCCUGUGGCCGGGUAACGGCGGAAGGUCGACGGCGUGCCAGCAGUGGGCCGGCGUCAAGUGCAACCUGCAGGGCAUGGUGACUGCGCUGGUGUGGGAUGGGAGCAUUGCGCCUACACCCAUCGAAACACCCAUUCCUGCCGCCAUUGGCGCGUUCACUGCGCUUUCCAUACUGUGAGCCAUAGCGAGGAGAAGUGCACUCAGAGUCAGCCCUUACACUGUCUCCUACCACCCUCUCUAUACUGUCAGCCCUUACACUGUCUCCUACCACCCUCUCUAUACUGUCAGCCCUUACACUGUCUCCUACCACCCUCUCUAUACUGUCAGCCCUUACACUGUCUCCUACCACCCUCUCUAUACUGUCAGCCCUUACACUGUCUCCUACCACCCUCUCUAUACUGUCAGCCCUUACACUGUCUCCUACCACCCUCUCUAUACUGUCAGCCCUUACACUGUCUCCUACCGCCCUCUCUAUACUGUGAGACCUUACACUGUCUCCUACCGCCCUCUCUAUACUGUGAGACCUUACACUGUCUCCUAGCGCCCUCUCCAUACUGUGAGCUUUAACAAUGUCUCCUACCUACUGCCCUCGCCGUACUGUGAGCUUUAGCGCGGAAUGCAGAGAGAGUCAGGUUUAACACUGUCUCCUGCUGUCCGUCCGGUACUGGAAUCCGUCGCACCAACCAAGUGCUCGUGCAGUCAACGUUAACACGGUGCUCACUCCGUGGCAUGGGCCCAUAAAUCCAUCCAUCCAUCCAUCCAUCCAUCCAUCCAUCCAUCCAUCCAUACAGCCACUCUCACAUACAUAGAAUGUGUGCAUGCUUGUUUGAGUGUGUGGAGAGGGUGAGGUAGGUUCAAUGGUGGCUUCCAGUUCUCCCUAGGUAAGAGGUUCGUCUAGGGGGUGGUCGUGGCUGAAAGCUUGGCCAGUCACCUGGCCAAUCUUCGCGUGGAGGGUGAUUGCCUGCUGCCGCUGGAGGGUGGCUGACCACCUCUGGCGGUAGCUGUGCAACACCUUCUUUGCCACCGCCGACUUUGGGUCGGCUUGGUGGUUCCGGCGAGCUGAGAGGGCGGCCAGUACUCGGAGGAACUCGAGCGUGUCGGGGGAGCAGCAGCCGUAUGUCUCAGUGGCAACUCCCAGCACCUUCACAAAGGUGAGUCGUUCGUCGUACAGGUCCCGCUUCUUGCCCUGCAUCUCUGCCGCCAUCCACCCCGUCCCUUUCCGUGCUGUUGGGUCGCGGGUUGAGAUGGGGUCGGUGACUGUGACGUCACAGACCCAUACCGCGCCUGAGUCCGGGCAUCGGAGGGUGAUGUCGGCGCGGCGUUGGGCAGUUUCGGGUAGGUAGAGCGUGGAUUCCAUGUGGGCCACGAAGUGGGAUUCUCGGGCCAGUCGCAUCCCGAGGUUCACGA